AUGCCCCCAUGGCAGAUUGGUCCGAGCCAGAUUGUUUUAAAUGCGCUGGUACGGGACAACUGGAGCCUUCUAUUCGGCGAGUAUAAGGGGAUCGGAGCCGAAAAGAUUUCGGUUAUUCGAAUAAACAAAUGGGACGAGGUGAUGUCAACCUUAGAAGAAAUCAUGAACAUGGACCAAAGCAUGCCCUACGACAAGUCUGCAAGGGGCAGAGUUGUGUUUGCAAGCAGUCCAGAGACAUAUACUAAUGCCAAUGGUGAGACAAAGCAGUCAAAGUCUGUUGCUAUAGCAGAUGACAAAAAAGCUGUGAAAGUUGUGUUGUAUGACCCAACCCAAUUCAACAAACUUGUUGAAGGUAAAACAAUAAUGUUGAGAAAUUUCAUCCGAAGGGAUGGGUAUAUCAUUCUAACCCGAACAUCUAGACUGUUCCCAACACAAGAAAUUGAAGUCCCUGACAGCAAAGUACAAGAAGGUAAGGCUCUUGUCAAUCCACCAGCGGCUCCUGUGGUUUCAUUGAGAGAAGCACUAAGAUCACUUCCAAAAACCAAAACGACUGUUUGCGGGAAAGUCAUUCAGGAUGAAGAAGAGCGCGACAUCCUGGUAGGAAAGUCGAAAAGUCCGACAAAGAUGAGAACAAUUUACAUACAGGAUGAAACGGUGGACAGAGUAAAAGUGGCUUUGUGGAGAAACACUAACAAAAACGUCAGAACUGGGGAUUUCGUCAAAAUCACUUAUUUGACAAUACACACUUACCAAACAAAGUAUACAACUGAAACCAGCUUCAAUUCUACCUACACAACUUCAGUUACUGUUAAUGACAUUACAGAACUUCUCCUCAGUGAUGACUCUGUGAGGGCAAUUCCUUCACAAUUAUUAAUGGCUGCCCUUCCACAAGAACUUGAAGAAGACUUGGAUCCAGAAUCUUUCUUUGCAGAGCGAAAAACAAACUUAAGGCUGCAAUUAAAAGGAUAA